AUACCGUACACACUGUAGCAAGCGUCCGUCCAUCGCCAUCGCCAUGGCCGAGCCCGGGGAGCUCCUGGUGCACGUGCGCCAGCGCCUGGACGCGAUCACCUACGAAGACCACUCGCAGUACCUGCUGAGCUCGCUGCAGGCCUCGCCCUUCGUGCAGUCGCUCUCCGUGGCGCCGACCACGAGCACGAGUCGGCGGCGCCCGACGCUGCUGGGCUCGUGGCUGCGCUGCGUGGGGCUCACGGGCUUCUACGUGCGCCUCGUGCUGCUGCUGGGCACGGGCUGGCUGCUGGCCAUGGUCGGCAUCUUCACGUUCCUGUACGCGCUGCCGGCGGCGCAGGAGGACAUCGUGCUCACGAGCACGGCGCAGGUGAUUCUAUUGCUGGGGGUCUACUUCCUGGGCGGGGCCGUGGGCUGCCUCGCCUUCGGGGUGUGCGCCGACCACUUCGGCCGCCGCCCGGUGCUGCUCAGCGCGCUGAGCUUCUGGCUCGUGGUCAACGCGCUCACGGCGGGCGCGUGGAACUACGCGUCCUUCGUGACGCUGCGGCUGCUGGCCGGGAUGGGCAUCGGCGGCCAGUUGGCGCUGCUGUCGACGCUCGCGCUCGAGUACACGCCCACAAGGACGAGGGGGAGGAUCACGGUGCUCACGGUGUCCAUUGCGGGCUUGGGAGUGCUGGGAGGGGUGGGCUACGGCCAAUUGGCCACCUAUGCGCUGGGGGAUGGAGGACUCGGGUGGAGAGCCGCCUAUGGCUUGCUGAGCGCCAUCGCGCUGCUGUACGCCGCGGUGCUCUACCUGGCGCUGGAGGAGUCGCCCAAGUACUUGGCCAGCGUCGGCCGGACGGAGGAAGCGCUCUACGUGCUGGAGAAGAUCGAGACGGCCCACGGCAUCACCCGCCAGGCCAGAGUGACGGUGCCGACGAGUUUAUAUGAGCCGCCGUCGCAGUGCCCCAAGGUGAGCUACGAGCGGUAUUUGGAGAGCAGCUCCGACUCGGACUCGGACUUGGGCUUGGAUCUGCGGCCAGGACAGCACAGCGGCCAGGACGAGGAGAUUCAGAGGGAAAUGCGCGCAAGGUCGGCGUCGAGAAGCAGGAGCAACAGGUACAGCUAUGCAGGGCCAGGGGCAGCCAAGGCACGCAGUCAGAGCCAACGAGCAUCCGCGAGGAGACUGCAGAGCCGGCAUCAGAACCAGGUUGAAGUCUGCACGCCAAGCUCGGGGGAUCUGGGGACUCCCAGUGAUUCACUGGCCCCUACAGCAGAUAUCUCUUUUAUGAGGGCCCUUGCGCGUCGAGUGGUGGCGCUGUUCUCGGGGUCUCUGGCUCGGCGGACAGCGCUCAUUUGGUUCUUCUGGUUCGCAGAGUGUACGUGCUUGAGCGCAGCAAUUGUGACGACGCUGAUGAUGGCUGGGACGUUCAUCAAGGUGAACCAACUGGGGGCAGGCUUUGGAGUCGGGGAUCAGCUCUUCUGGUCGGCCAUGACGUUUCCUGGCUUGAUCCUCGCCGCCAUGAUGGUGGAGACCGUGGGCCGACGCGGAACGUUGGCCUUGUUUGUGUUUCUCGCUGGAAUUGUUAUGGUAACAUCGGCUUGGCUACUGGAAGAGAACGGGGAGUGGCUGGGCUUGUUGCUGUCGCUGGGGACGCUGGUAUUGGCGACAGGUGGCACCAUCGGCUCGAUCAUCCCCUUUACUGGCGAGCAGUUCCCGCUGCUCACUCGAGCUCUGGGUAUCUCGUGUGCUGCAGCUUGGGGCCACCUCGGUAUGUUCGCCGGGGCUUAUCUCGUGCUUCGACGAGUCAUGGGCGACGAAGCGUGGUCUUGGCACGAUGAGCGUGUGAUGCUGGCAGUGUGCGGCGGGGUGGCCAUUGUUCUGAUCCCGUUGAUUCUGCUCAUGGGACCGGAGACGCGCAGGCGGGACAUCGAUGCAUCCUGGUUUGAAGACAACAAGGCGCUUCACGCUCUUGCAGGUGGCGUGUUGUCGGCAGCCCCCGGUGGUCGUCCGGAGCAGCCAGAAACGAGAUUCCGCGGUGUAAGCAAGGCAAGCAGUGGUCGAGGACACAAGAAGAAGCUGGAUAAAGCAUCCAAGUCGUCCGACGGAGAUGACCGAGAGCCUCCGAGGUUUGCUAGGGGCUCGGUGAACGGCAUGACGCUGGCUACUCCAGUGCUUCACUCGCCAAACUCAGCAGCGUUUGCCACAACGCACUCGCCUGGAGACUACGAAUCGCCCGCUCGCUCCUCCUCGUCGUCACAAGGCUUCUGGCAGACCCAUUCGGUGCGCCAUCUAGGCCGCAAGAUGAAACAAGCUAUCACGCACGCGUCAGAUGAGAAGCACGUGGUGUAUCUCCCCUCCGAGGACAAACUGCGCGCUCGAAGUACCAGUAGCGCCAAGCAAACCCGCAGCGUCGACGAGCGAUGCGACACUGUCAUCGAUGACCUCGAUCAACUGGACACCAUCAUCACUGAGCACGAGUACCGCCAGCAUCGCCUGAGUGUGGACGACUCCAAGCAGAGCCAACCGCGACGUCAAUCCGUACUGGAGAUGCUGGAGCCUGUGCAGCUGGAAUGGCGUCGAUCCAUCUCGAGCUCAUUGUCGGGCUCAGUGCGAGACCUCAGCAGUAGCAGCAAGGCCAGUAAGGCCAGCAAGACGGAGCUCAGUGCCACGGACGUGGAGUCCGCCAUCGCCGCGUCCGACGCUCGCCCCAGCGCCGCGGGGCGUUACACCAUCGACCUCGACAUGUUCGACACGUUCACGUACGUUUCCACGCCGGUGCUGGGCGGCGACAACUACUCGGAGCACGAACACCGCGAGCCCAGCAACCUCUCGUCCGCCAGCAGCGGCGACUCGAAGCAAACGACCAGCUGA